GCUGUGGACUCCGGGCAGCGGCUCGCGCGGCGGACGAGCCCGAACGCGCUGGCCAUGGCCUCCAACUUUAACGACAUAGUCAAGCAGGGCUACGUGAAGAUACGCAGCAGGAAGCUGGGGAUUUUUAGGCGAUGCUGGUUGGUGUUCAAGAAGGCAUCCAGCAAAGGACCCAGAAGGUUAGAAAAAUUUCCAGAUGAGAAGGCAGCUUAUUUCAGAAACUUUCAUAAGGUAACUGAGCUGCAUAACAUCAAAAAUAUAACCAGAUUGCCUCGAGAGACAAAGAAGCAUGCCGUGGCAAUUAUCUUUCAUGAUGAGACGUCGAAGACAUUUGCCUGUGACUCAGAGCUGGAGGCGGAGGAGUGGUGCAAGCAUCUGUGCAUGGAGUGUCUGGGGACGAGACUGAACGACAUCAGCCUCGGGGAGCCUGACCUGCUGGCAGCCGGGGUGCAGCGGGAGCAGAACGAACGCUUCAAUGUGUAUCUGAUGCCAACACCAAAUCUGGAUAUUUACGGUGAAUGCACCAUGCAGAUCACGCAUGAGAACAUCUAUCUCUGGGAUAUCCACAAUGCCAAGGUCAAACUGGUGAUGUGGCCGCUCAGCUCCCUGAGGAGGUACGGCCGAGACUCAACGUGGUUCACCUUUGAGUCAGGAAGAAUGUGUGACACAGGAGAAGGACUGUUCACUUUUCAAACAAGGGAAGGAGAAAUGAUCUAUCAGAAGGUGCAUUCUGCGACACUGGCCAUAGCUGAGCAGCAUGAAAGAUUAAUGCUAGAAAUGGAGCAGAAGGCCCGGCUUCAGACAAGCUUGACUGAGCCCAUGGCGUUACCCAAAUCGAUCUCGCUCCCUCGCAGUGCGUACUGGCAUCACAUUACUCGUCAAAACAGCGUUGGGGAAAUCUACAGUUUGCAAGGCCACGGGUUUGGUCCUACAAAGAUGUCCCGGGCACAGACGUUUCCCAGCUACUCCACAGAGCCCAAUGAAGAGGUUCAGCCGCCUUUGUCACGGUCCAGCAGCUACGGAUUCAGCUACAGCUCCAGCCUCAUUCAAUGACACCCAGAGAGCCAACGCUGACCAGAGACAGUCUGUCCUGGACCCGCCUGGAGGGGCGUUGCGCCCUCUGCCUCCUGGAAGACCUACUGCAGUACAAA